UGUCGUCAUAAAGAGGACACUCUCCAGGAGAGAGAGAGAAGCAGCUCAAGCAAGCACCUCUCCACCUCCCAAAACUCUCUCUCUCUCUCUUUCUCUCUCUUCCCCCCGCCGGAGGCAGUGCAAUGCGGUGACACGGACGGCGGCGACGGCGAGGAGAGAUGGAAGCUUCAAAGUGGUCCGACGGGUGGUCGCCGAUGGGAGCUCCCGCGGUGAGGCAAGAGCACUGGCGGCACUUCGACAACUCGGUCAACGCGGUGUCGUUCGGGUUCGUCGCCACCGCCAUCCUCAUCUCCAUGUUCCUGGUCAUGGCCAUCUUCGAGCGCUUCCUCCGGACCAACUCCCCGGAGUUCUCCGCCGCCGCAGACGCCGGGGGCGAUCCGGGGCGCCGCGGAGGCGGCGGCGGAGGAGGCGGCGACCUCGAGUCCCAGAUGGGGUUCAACCCGAAGCUCAAUUACCCUUCCCCGAAGAUGACUGUCUACACAAGCGGCGUCUCCGUUGUUAUGCCGGGAGACAAUAUUCCGACCUUCAUCGCACGCCCAGCUCCCGUGCCUUGCCCACCAGAGCGCGCCUCCUGGCCUCUCCAUCAACACCUUCCCUUCCCUCAUCAUCCAGCACAAGGCGCUAGCUCGAACAGAAGCUCAUCCUCCGCUCAAUAACAAGCAGACAUGGGGAAUGGCAGAUUUCGUUGCGAGGAUUGUGGUGAUUUACGAUAGGUUCAGAGCACAAGUUGCCAGCUCUCAGAAGCGGCACCCCAAACCCGGAAGCAUGUCUGCCGGAGAUAGAGGUUGGGAUGCUCUAUUUUUUACUCCUGAGCUCUUGUAUUUGAUGUACAUAAGAUUCUCGAGGUUAGGCCUGUGGCUAAUUUAUUCGAAUCAUCCUGCAAAGUUGCAGAGAAGCCCUGUAUGAGAUUUAGUAAUGCAUAGUCCAUCUUUGAAGAAUGUUGUCAUCUGGCAGGUUGGUACUUUGGCAA